UCCCACGACCCACCUCGCUUAGCACAUGGAAUUUAAUCUUUUCAGGUUCGUAAUUCCUCCUUUCUAAUGACCCUUUUGUCUAUUGGAUUGCGUCUUAUAACAUCUCACUGCUUGAUCAGUUGCCAGAAAGGGGACUGUUUUUAUUGUCAUUGAACAUGUGGUCAUUGCUUGCUUAGUUCCGUAAACUCGUGGGACUUGCUGUUGUUUAUAUUUGUGAGGAUUUACACACAAGCUGUCAGAUGAUAUGAUGAUGUCUAUGGUCGGUACAGUUAAUCUAUUUAUUUCAUUCCAUAUAUUCUUAUACACGUAUAUGCAAACAUAUUACUUGUUAGACUUUGACCCAUUUUAAACUCAUUCCUUUAAUUAUUGGCUUGAGAACCAACCAUGGGAAGGCCAUAAUUUGUGUGGGCUACAAUUAAGGAUAUUUAGAACAGUUAAAUCCUGGUAAGAGCCCCUAGCUUUGAGGUUAUGAGGUGUAAAUCCAUUUUUGGUGACUUUAGGAUUACAUUUAGGUACAAAGACAGCAGACCAUACAUAAAGAUCAUCACCUAAAAACGCUGUGAUAGCUAUCUACAGCCAAACAAGUGGACCAACCAAGGAGAAAUAUCUGUUAUGACUCCCUAUCAAUAAUUCCAACCUGUGGGCCAACCAAAAACCAGACAAAACUGGAAGUCUAAUCUCAUCAUAUUGAAGGAUAAUAGUUGAAAAAGUCACAGUGAAACCACCAACCGUUAAAGAUGCAUUUAUUAAAACCCCCAAACGCAUUCCCUUUUUUUCAACAAAAGGAGAAGAAGAAGAAGAAAGGAGCCAGAAAAGAAGAGGAGGAAUUCAGAAUUCUCCUCCUCUUCUUCCUCUGAUCUCAACAAUGGGUGGCCAGGUCUCCAAACAGGUGGAACGCCGGAAAGCAAUCUCAACUCAGAAGAAAACCCUAUGUGAUCUUCAACAAGGCUGUGGAAAAGAGUUCCCAGGUUGCGACUACCGCCCUCCUGAUCGGAAGAACUGGAUGUCUGGCCUCAACCCAGAGAAGGUCCACAUCAACAAGAUUGUAUGGCCGGGGACCCAUGACUCGGCCACCAACAAGAUUGGAGUACCAUUCAUCACUCGCCCCUUUGCCCAAUGCCAAUCCCUGUCCAUAUACCAUCAGCUUGUACGUGGGGCCCGUGUUAUUGAUAUCCGAAUCCAAGAGGAUCGCCGAGUUUGUCACGGAAUCCUCCUUACUUAUAGCGUGGACGUCGUAAUCAACGACAUCAAGAGGUUCUUGUCAGAGACCCAAUCAGAGGUCAUAAUUCUGGAGAUCCGAACUGAGUUUGGACACGAGGAUCCGCCUGAGUUCGACAAGUACUUGGAGGAUCAACUUGGCGAGUUCCUGAUUCACCACGAUGAUCAUGUGUUUGAGAAGACAAUUGCAGAGUUGUUGCCAAAGAGAGUUAUUUGCGUUUGGAAGCCAAGAAAGUCACCUCAGCCAAGGGCCGGAGGGCCGCUAUGGAGUAGUGGGUAUUUGAAGGAUAAUUGGAUUGACACAGACUUGCCAUCAACAAAGUUUGAGAGCAAUUUGAAGCAUUUGAGCGAGCAGCCGCCAGUGGUGUCCAGGAAAUUCUUUUACCGGGUUGAGAAUACGGUAACGCCUCAAGCGGAUAACCCGGUGUUGUGUGUUAAACCGGUGACGGGUCGAAUCCAUGGGUAUGCUCGGCUUUUCAUAACUCAGUGCUCCUCCAGGGGCUGUGCUGACCGGCUGCAGAUCUUGUCAACUGAUUUUAUUGAUGAGGAUUUUGUUGAUGCUUGCGUCGGGCUAACACAUGCAAGGAUUGAAGCUAAGGCCUGAAGAUAAUCUACUGGAGUAUUGGUUUCCCACGGCCGCUUGUUCUUUUCAGUAAUUCUCCCCAGACUAGAUCAUGAUCUUGCCCAGGAUCUUGAUCGUUGUUGCUCUUUUUUUUUGUGUGUGUAAAUGAGGAUAUUCAGAGAGUUGUUGAUGGGGGCCUUUUGUUGAUUGUGUGUGUGUGUAAAAAUGUUCACGGUGUUUAUUGGUAUGUAAUAUAUGUAUCACGUACUGGUUGAAAUACAUGUGGUUUGCGUUAAUCUAAAGGCUUGAAAGCAUCAUUCAAUAA